AUGCAUUCAAAUACCAACGUAGCCAAGAGAGAAGACAGACGUGCUAUAAAAAACGGCUCAGCGCCUUUCGCUAUCAAGCCACCCGCCGCAAGAUUACCGUGGGUACUCCUCCUCUUAGUUUCAUCUCUUUUACUUUCUCUUCUUCUUCCUCAUCAGUUCUUGCUAGCUGUACUUUUUUUUCUUUCAACUCUUUAUUCAUUUUUUCUUUCAAGUCCUCCUCUUAGUUUCAUCUCUUUUUACUUUCUCUUCUUCUUCCUCAUCAGUUCUUGCUUAGCUGUUUAUUCCAUUUUCUUUUUCCUCUUUCUCAAUUUUUAUUCAUUCCAUUUUUUUUUCAAGUCCUCCUUUUCUUUUCAUCUCUUUUUCAUCUUUUUACUUUCUUCUUCUUCCUCAUCAGUUCUUGCUAGCUUCCUCCUCUUAGUUUCAUCUCUUUUACUUUCUCUUCUUCUUCCUCAUCAGUUCUUGCUAGCUGUGGCUUUUUUUUUUUCAACUCUUUAUUCAUUCCAUUUUCUUUCAAGUCCUCCUCUUAGUUUCAUCUCUUUUAUUUCUUUUCUUCCUCAUCAUCAGUUCUUGCUAGCUGUGGCUUUUUUUUUCUUUCAACUCUUUAUUCAUUCCAUUUUUCUUUCAAGUCCUCCUCUUAGUUUCAUCUCUUUUACUUUCUCUUCUUCUUCCUCAUCAGUUCUUGCUAGCUGUGGCUUUUUUUUUUUCAACUCUUUAUUCAUUCCAUUUUCUUUCAAGCGUACUCUUAGUUUUGCUCUUUACUUUCUUUCUUCUUCCUCAUCAGUUCUUGCUAGCUGUGGCUUUUUUUCAACUCUUUAUUCAUUCCAUUUUCUUUCAAGUCCUCCUUUCUUUUUACUUUCUCUUCUUCUUCCUCAUCAUUAUUUUUUUUUUUCUUCUUCCUCAUCAGUUCUUGCUAGCUCUUUUUUCUUUUCUUUAUUCAUUCCAUUUUCUUUCAAGUCCUCCUCUUUAGUUUCAUCUUUUUACUUUUCUUUCUUCUUUCUUCCUUCUUCUUCUUUUCUCUUUCUUCCUUUUUCUUUCUUUUUUCUUUCAACUUUUUUUCAUUCCUUUUUCUUUCAAGUCCUUCUUUAUUCCAUUUUCAUCUUCUUUUUCUUCUUUUUCUUCUUCUUCUUCUUCUUCUUCUUGCUAGCUUUUUUUCUUCAACUCUUUAUUCAUUCCAUUUUCUUUCAAUUCUUGCUAGCUGUGGCUUUUUUUUUUUCAACUCUUUAUUCAUUCCUUUUUCUUUCAAGUCCUCCUCUUAGUUUCAUCUCUUUUACUUUCUUUCUUCUUCCUCAUCAUCCUCCUCUUAGUUUCAUCUUUUUUUUCUUUCUCUUCUUCUUCUCAUCAGUUCUUGCUAGCUGUGGCUUUUUUUCUUUCAACUCUUUAUUCAUUCCAUUUUUUUUUCAAGUCCUCCUCUUAGUUUCAUCUCUUUUACUUUCUUUUCUUCUUCCUCAUCAGUUCUUGCUAGCUGUGGCUUUUUUUUUUUUUUUUCAACUCUUUAUUCAUUCCAUUUUCUUUCAAGUCCUCCUCUUAGUUUCAUCUCUUUUACUUUCUCUUCUUCUUCCUCAUCAGUUCUUGCUAGCUGUGGCUUUUUUUUUUCAACUUUUAUUCAUUCCAUUUUCUUUCAAGUCCUCCUCUUAUUUCAUCUCUUUUACUUUCUUCUUCUUCCUCAUCAGUUCUUGCUCUUGUGGCUUUUUUUUUCUUUCAACUCUUUAUUCAUUCCAUUUUCUUUCAAGUCCUCCUCUUAGUUUCAUCUCUUUUUACUUUCUCUUCUUCUUCCUCAUCAUUCCUCCUCUUCUUUUUCAUCUUUUCUUUUACUUUUUCAUCUUCUUCUUCUUCUUCUCAUCAGUUCUUGCUAGCUGUGGCUUUUUUUUUUCUUUCAACUCUUUAUUCAUUCCAUUUUCUUUCAUCCUCCUCUUAGUUUCAUCUCUUUUUUCUUUCUUCUUCUUCUUCUUCAUCAGUUCUUGCUAUUUCAUCUCUUUUACUUUCUCUUCUUCUUCCUCAUCAUUCUUGCUAAUUUUUUUUUUCUUCUUUAUUCAUUCCUUUUCUUUUCAAGUCUCCUCUUAUCCUCCUCUUAGUUUCAUCUCUUUUUUCCUUUCUCUUCUUCUUCCUCAUCAGUUCUUGCUAGCUUCAUUUUUUUCUUUCCUCUCUUUAUUCAUUCCUUUUUCUUUCAAGUCCUUCUUUUUCAUCUCUUUUCUUUCUUUCUUCUUCCUCAUCAGUUCUUUUUUUUUUUUUUUCAACUCUUUAUUCAUUCCUUUUCUUCAAUUCUUUAUUCAUUUUUCUCAUUUUCUUUCAAGUCCUCCUCUUAGUUUCAUCUCUUUUUCUUCUUCUUCUUCUUCCUCAUCAGUUCUUUUUCUAGCUGUGGCUUUUUUUCUCUCAACUCUUUAUUCAUUCCAUUUUCUUUUUAUUCAUUCCUUCCUCCUCUUAGUUUCAUCUUUUACUUUUCUUCUUUUCCUCAUCAGUUCUUCCUUCUCAGGCUUUUUUUCUCAACUCUUUAUUCAUUCCUUUUUCUUUCAACUCCUUUAUUCAUCUCCAUUUUCUUCUUCCUCAUCAGUUCUUGCUAGCUGUGGCUUUUUUUUUCUCUUUAUUCAUUCCUUUUCUUUUCAAGUUCCUCUUUUCAUCUUCUUUUAUUUCUCUUCUUCUUCCUCAUCAUUUCAUCUCUUUUACUUUCUUUCUUCUUCCUCAUCAGUUCUUGCUAGCUGUGGCUUUUUUUUUUUUCUUUUCUUUCAAGACCUCUUUAGUUUCAUUUUUUUUCUUUCUUCUUCCUCAUCAUUUAUUCAUUUUCCUUUCCUUUUUUUUUCAUUCCUCUUCUUUCAUCUCUUCUUUCUUCUUCCUCAUCAUCCUCCUCUUAGUUUCAUCUCUUUUACUUUCUCUUCUUCUUCCUCAUCAGUUCUUGCUAGCUGUGGCUUUUUUUUCUUCAACUCUUUAUUCAUUCCAUUUUUCUUUCAAGUCCUCCUCUUAUUUCAUCUCUUUUUUUUUCUUUCUCUUCUUCUUCCUCAUCAGUUCUUGCUUCUUCUAGCUUCUUUUUUUAUUCAACUCUUUAUUCAUUCUUUUCUUUCAAGUCCUCCUCUUAGUUUCAUCUCUUUUUUCUCUUCUUCUUCCUCAUCAGUUCUUGCUUCCUAUUUUUUUCAACUCUUUAUUCAUUCCUUUUUCUUUCAAGUUCUUCUUAGUUUCAUCUCUUUUACUUUCUCUUCUUCUUCCUCAUCAGUUCUUGCCAGCUGUGGCUUUUUUUCUCAACUCUUUAUUCAUUCCUUUUUCUUUCAAGAGCUCCUCUUAGUUUCAUCUCUUUUACUUUCUCUUCUUCUUCCUCAUCAAGCUCCUCUUAGUUUCAUCUCUUUUACUUUCUCUUCUUCUUCCUCAUCAGUUCUUGCUAGCUGUGGCUUUUUUUUUUCAACUCUUUAUUCAUUCCAUUUUCUUUCAAGUCCUCCUCUUAGUUUCAUCUCUUUUACUUUCUCUUCUUCUUCUCAUCAGUUCUUCUUCUUUUUUUUCUCAACUCUUUAUUCAUUCCAUUUUCUUUCAAGUCCUCCUCUUAGUUUCAUCUCUUUUUCUUCUUUCUCUUCUUCUUCCUCAUCAGUUCUUGCUUCUUUUUUUUUUCAACUCUUUAUUCAUUCCUUUUUUCUUUCAAGUCCUCCUCUUAUUUCAUCUCUUUUACUUUCUCUUCUUCUUCCUCAUCAGUUCUUGCUAGCUGUGGCUUUUUUUCUUCUUCUUUUUUCAUUCCUUUUUUUCAUCUCUCCUUCUUCUUUUCAUCUUCUUUUAUUUCUCUUCUUCUUCCUUCAGUUCUUUUAUUUCAUCUCUUUUACUUUCUCUUCUUCUUCCUCAUCAGUUCUUGCUAGCUGUGGCUUUUUUUUCAACUCUUUAUUCAUUCCUUUUCUUUCAAGUCCUCCUCUUCUUCUUUUCAUCUCUUUUUCACUUUCUUCUUCUUCUUCCUCAUCAGUUCUUGCUAGCUGUGGCUUUUUUUCUUUUCAACUCUUUAUUCAUUCCUUUUCUUUCAAUUCUUGCUUUUCUGUUCUUUUUUUCAACUUCUUUAUUCAUUCUUUUUUCUUUCAAAGUCCUCCUCUUAGUUUCAUCUCUUUUUUACUUUCUCUUCUUCUUCCUCAUCAGUUCUUGCUAGCUGUGGCUUUUUUUUCUUUCAACUCUUUAUUCAUUCCAUUUUCUUUUCAAGUCCUCCUCUUAUUCUUCUUAGCUGUGGCUUUUUUUUUCAACUUUUUAUUCAUUCCUUUUUCUUUCAAGUCCUCUUUAGUUUCAUCUCUUUUUCUUUCUCUUCUUCUUCCUCAUCAGUUCUUGCUAGCUGUGGCUUUUUUUUUUCAACUUUUAUUCAUUCCAUUUUUUCUUUCAAGUCCUCCUCUUAGUUUCAUCUCUUUUACUUUCUCUUCUUCUUCCUCAUCAGUUCUUGCUAGCUGUGGCUUUUUUUUUUCUCAACUCUUUAUUCAUUCCAUUUUCUUUCAAGUCCUCCUCUUAUUCUUGCUAGCUGUGGCUUUUUUUCUCAACUCUUUAUUCAUUCCUUUUUCUUUCAAGUCCUCCUCUUUUUCAUCUCUUUUUACUUUCUUCUUCUUCUUCUCAUCAGUUCUUGCUAGCUGUGGCUUUUUUUCAACUCUUUAUUCAUUCCUUUUUUUUCUUUCAAGUCCUCCUCUUAGUUUCAUCUCUUUUCUUCUUUUCUCUUCUUCUUCCUCAUCAGUUCUUGCUAGCUGUUUCUUUUUUUUUCUCAACUUCUUUAUUCAUUCCUUUUUCUUUUUUUCAAGUCCUCUCUUAUUUCAUCUCUUUUACUUUCUUUCUUCUUCUUCUUCAUCAGUUCUUUUCUUCUCUUUAUUCAUUUUUUUCUUUUUCAACUCUUUAUUCAUUCUUUUUCUCUUCUUCUUCCUCAUCAUUUCAUCUCUUUUACUUUCUCUUCUUCUUCCUCAUCAGUUCUUGCUAGCUGUGGCUUUUUUUUUUCAACUCUUUAUUCAUUCCUUUUCUUUCAAAGUCCUCCUCUUAGUUUCAUCUCUUUUACUUUCUUUCUUCUUCCUCAUCAGUUCUUGCUUCUUGGCUUUUUUUUUUCUUUUAUUCAUUCCACUUUUUUCAUUCAUUCCUUUUUCUCUUUUUAGUUCUCCUUCUUAUCAGUUUUCAUCUUUUUUUUUAUUCUUUCAUUUUUCUUCUUCCUCAUCAGUUCUUGCUUCUUCCUCAUCAGUUCUUGCUGUGGCUUUUUUUUUUCAACUCUUAUUUCAUCUCAUUCUUUUUUUCUUGCUAGCUGUGGCUUUUUCUCAAGUCUUUAUUCUUAGUUUCAUCUCUCUUUUUCUUUUUUACUCUUCUUCUUCCUCAUCAGUUCUUGCUAGCUUCCUCCUCUUAGUUUCAUCUCUUUUUCUUUCUCUUCUUCUUCCUCAUCAGUUCUUGCUAGCUGUGGCUUUUUCUCAACUCUUUAUUCAUUCCAUUUUCUUUCAAGUCCUCCUCUUAGUUUCAUCUCUUUUUCUUUCUCUUCUUCUUCCUCAUCAGUUCUUGCUAGCUGUGGCUUUUUUUUUCUUUAUUCAUUCCAUUUUCUUUCAAGUCCUCCUCUUUUUUCAUCUUUUUCUUUCUCUUCUUCUUCCUCAUCAGUUCUUGCCAGCUGUGGCUUUUUUUCUUUCAACUCUUUAUUCAUUCUUUUUUCUUUCUUCCUUUAGUUUCAUCUCUUUUCUUUCUUCUUCUUCCUCAUCAGUUCUUGCUAGCUGUGGCUUUUUUUCUCAACUCUUUAUUCAUUGCUUUUUCUUUCAAGAGCUCCUCUUAGUUUCAUCUCUUUUACUUUCUCUUCUUCUUCCUCAUCAGUUCUUGCUAGCUUCUUUUUUUUCUUCAACUCUUUAUUCAUUUUUUUCUUUCAACUCUUUUAGUUCAUCUCUUUUUCUUUCUUCUUCCUCAUCAGUUCUUGUCCUCCUCUUUUUUUCAUCUCUUUUUCAUUCUUUUUCUUUCUUCUUCCUUUCAUCUUCUUUCUUCUUCCUCAUCAGUUUUUUAGCUUUUUUUUUUUUCAACUUUUAUUCAUUCCAUUUUCUUUCAAGUCCUCCUCUUAGUUUCAUCUCUUUUUUUCUUUCUUCUUCCUCAUCAGUUCUUGCUAGCUGUGGCUUUUUUUUUUUUUCUUUCAAGACCUCCUCAACUCUUUUUUCUCAACUCUUUAUUUCAUUCCAUUUUCUUUCAAGUUCGUCCUCUUUUUUUCAUCUCUUUUUCUUUCUUUUCUUUCAAGACUUCCUCAUCAUCUCUUUUACUUUCUUUCUUCUUCUGUGGCUUUUUUUUUUUUCUCAACUCUUUAUUCAUUCCUUUUUCUUUCAAGUGCUCCUCUUAGUUUCAUCUCUUUUACUUUCUCUUCUUCUUCCUCAUCAAGCUCCUCUUAGUUUCAUCUCUUUUACUUUCUCUUCUUCUUCCUCAUCAGUUCUUGCUAGCUGUGGCUUUUUUUCUUUCAACUUUUUUUUUUUCAACUCUUUAUUCAUUCCACGUUUCUUUUCAAGUUCCUCCUUUUUUUUUUUCUUUUAUUUUCAUUUUCUUUCAAUUCUUUUAGCUUUCUUUCUUCUUUUUUCUUUUUACUCUUUAUUCAUUCCUUUUCUUUUUUUCAAAGUCCUCCUCUUAGUUUCAUCUCUUUUACUUUCUCUUCUUCUUCCUCAUCAGUUCUUGCUAGCUGUGGCUUUUUUUUUUUCAACUCUUUAUUCAUUACAUUUUCUUACAAGUCGUGCUCUUAGUUUCAUCUCUUUUACUUUCUCUUCUUCUUCCUCAUCAGUUCUUGCUAGCUGUGGCUUUUUUUCUCAACUCUUUAUUCAUUCCUUUUUCUUUCAAGACCUCCUCUUAGUUUCAUCUCUUUUCUUUCUUUCUUCUUCCUCAUCAGUUCUUGCUAGCUGUGGCUUUUUUUCUUUUCUCUUUAUUCAUUUUUUUUCAAAGUCCUCCUCUUUUUGA